UAUUUAAUGCACUAGUAAUCAUGAGUUUCGAAGGCAAACUCGUGAUUGUGACUGGUUCUAGCUCUGGUAUUGGGGCAUCCAUCGCUUUGCGAUUCGCUAAAGAAGGAGCACAAGUUAUCUUAGUGGGACGAAAUGAGAAAAAACUUCAAGAUGUUUAUGAACAGUGUGCUACUUUUGGCAAGAAACCUCUAAUCGUUAAAAUCGACGUCACAAAAGACGAUGAAGCAAAAACUUUAAUCAAACAAACAAUAGAUCGUUUCGGACAAUUGGACGUGCUAGUCAACAAUGCAGGAGUCGGUGGUAAUUUUGACAUCCUUAGUGAGGACUUUAUGGAAAACUAUGAUCGAAUUGUACGGCUUAAUUUACGGGCUGUGGUAUUUAUAACUCAUUUAGCGUUACCAUACUUAAUAGAAUCAAAAGGGAAUAUCGUAAAUAUAUCAAGUAUUGGUGCAAAAAUUAAUUUAGGAACUCAUGGAGCUAUACCUUACUGCACAGCAAAAGCAGGAGUAAGUCAUUUCUCUCGCUGUACGGCUGUUAAACUGGCGCCAUAUGGUGUCCGUGUGAAUAUUGUGAGCCCUGGUCCCGUGAAGACUGAUAUUUUAAAUAAUUCCGGUGUUGGAAAUUAUUCGUGGGAUGUAAUCGGUGACACAACUUUGUUGAAGCGAGUGAGUAAACCAGAAGAGAUAGCAGAUGUUGUGCUGUUUUUAGCCGGAAACAAAGCUAAAGGUAUCACAGGUUCUGAUUUCGUUGUAGACAACGGCACCAUACUUAAGAGUUAAGAUAAAUAUUUAUAAACGAGGAAUAGCUAAACAAAAUGAAAUUCGAUUAAAUGUGAUUUAAUUUUAA